AUGACUUGUGGAUCCUACUGUGCUGGCAGCGCCUUCAGCUGCGCCUCCGCCUGCGGGCCCCGGCCCGGCCGCUGCUGCAUCACCGCCGCCCCCUACCGCGGCAUCUCCUGCUACCGCGGCCUCACCGGGGGCUUUGGCAGCCAGAGCGUCUGCGGGGGCUUCCGCUCUGGCUCCUGUGGCCGAAUCUUUGGCUACCGGGCAGGGGGCCUCUGCGGGCCCAGCCCGCCCUGCAUCACCACCGUGUCGGUCAACGAGAGCCUCCUCACGCCCCUCAACCUGGAGAUCGACCCCAACGCGCAGUGCGUGAAGCACGAGGAGAAGGAGCAGAUCAAGUGUCUCAACAACAAGUUCGCUGCCUUCAUCGACAAGGUGCGCUUCCUGGAGCAGCAGAACAAGCUGCUGGAGACCAAGUGGCAGUUCUACCAGAACCGCAAGUGCUGUGAGAGCAACCUGGAGCCGCUGUUCGAGGGCUACAUCGAGACGCUGAGGCGGGAGGCCGAGUGCGCGGAGGCCGACAGCGGGAGGCUGGCCUCAGAGCUCAACCACGUGCAGGAGGUGAUGGAGGGCUACAAGAAGAAGUAUGAAGAAGAGGUGGUCCUCAAGGCCACUGCUGAGAAUGAGUUCGUGGUGCUGAAGAAGGAUAUAGAUGGCGCCUAUCUGCACAAGGCCGACCUGGGGGCCAAUGUGGAGGCACUGAAGGAGGAGACCCACUUCCUGCAGGCUCUCUAUGAGGAGGAAAUCUAUGUUCUUCAGUCACAAAUCUCUGACACGUCGGUGGUGGUGAAGAUGGACAACAGCCGGGAGCUCAACAUGGACUCGGUCAUGGCUGAGAUCAAGGCUCAGUAUGAUGAUGUGGCCAGCCGCAGCAGGGCCGAGGCUGAGUCCUGGUACCAAACCAAGUGUGAGGAGAUGAAGGCCACAGUGACCCAGCAGAGUGAGAACCUCCGCAGAACCAAGGAGGAGCUCAACGGCCUGAAUCGCAUGACCCAGAGGCUGACGGCAGAGGUGGAGAACGCCAAGCAGCAGCGCUGCAAACUGGAGGCUGCUGUGGCCCAGGCGGAGCAACAGGGUGAGGCGGCCAUCAGCGAUGCACGCUGCAAGCUGGCCGGGCUCGAGGCCGCCCUGCAGAAGGCCAAGCAGGACAUGGCCUGCCUGCUCAAGGAGUACCAGGAGGUGAUGAACUCCAAGCUGGGCCUGGAUGUGGAGAUUGCCACUUAUCGCAAACUGCUGGAGGGCGAGGAAAGCCGGUGA